CUUAGUACCCCAAAAUUAUAUCAGUCGUACCGUUGGGCUGAUUGGAUUCAUUAACGGAUACUAAGGGCAAAUUUUGCCAUUAUGGCUGAUCAAAACAUUCAAUUCGUAGGGGAUGCGAAAUCGACUGCACCUUCAGCGACCCAUUCAGAUAAGCCAGCUGCGGAGAUGGUUUUGGAUAAGGCCGUCCUUGGAACUGGGGCGGUUUUCGAUCUCGCGAAGAAUGCCAACCUCACGGGGCAUCAGUAUUCCCUCAUCGGGUCGAUUUCGCCAAUAGCACAGUUAGCUUGGCAGCCGUUCUCAGCCUGGCUGAUUGUGAAGGUGCCGCAUCGCACAUUAAUGCCUAUUCUGAUUCUCGGUUGGGGUAUUGCGGAAGUAUCUAUGGCUGCGUGUAGUACCUUUUCUGGGCUGAUCGCCUGCCGUUUCUUCCUCGGCCUUUUCGAAGCCGGCUGCAUGCCUCUAUUUGCGAUCAUCACGAGCCAGUGGUACCGUCGUGUCGAACAACCAUUUAGAGUCUCUAUUUGGUAUUCCACCAAUGGUAUAUCGACGAUAGUGUCUUCUGCAUUGUCUUAUGGCCUUGGCCGUAUUGUAUCCAACGUGUUGUAUUCGUGGCAAAUAAUUUUCCUUUUCUGUGGACUUGUUACUGUCAUAACGGCUCCCUUCGUCUACUGGAAACUGGACAACGACAUCGCCACAGCCCGUUUCCUUACCGAGGAGGAACGCCAACAAGGCAUCGAACGCCUUCGGACAAAUAACACUGGUGUUGAAGACUUCCACGAGUUUAAGUGGUCGCACGUUUGGGAAGCGGCUCUUGACCUGAAGACCUGGCUGUGGCUUGUGCUAGCCAUGCUGCCGAACCUCGGUUCGGCCUUGACAAGUGUCUUUGGGCCGCUCAUUAUUACCGGCUUUGGAUUCGACAAGUUCCAGACAUAA